AUGGAAGACGACGUAGCUAUAUCGAAUACAGGCGCGGUUAUGACUACCGACAUAGAUAAUCUACCUAUAAAUAUCGUCGUGCCUAGCGAAGCUUAUCUACGCUUACCGCUAGAAUAUACGGAGAAAGAGAACGUGGAAGAUACUAAAAUGGAAGACGACGCAGCUAAUACUAAUAUUAGAGUAGUAUCGAAGAUAGAUACUAACAUUAGAGUAGUAUCGAAGAUAGUCCUAGAUACUAAUAUUAGAGUAGUGUCGAAGAUAGAUGCGCCUAUGAUUACCGAUAUAGACAAUUCCCCUACGAAUGCCGUUGUGCCUCUAGAUACCGGCGAGACUUAUCUAUAG